AUGGCGAAUUUUUCAAGAGUAGCAGAAAUCUUUGAACAAGCCUCCGUCGCUUUUGGUCGUCUAGCUCAGCUUACUAUAGACCUGAAACAAUUUCAAGCACAACAGAAUGAUGGAGAUUCUAAAACCUGUGGGAAAUGGUCACAGAAAGAAGUCGACGAUCUUAAAACGGCUAUUUCACGUUUUGGAGCAGAUUUAUCAAAGAUUGCUGAGGCUGUUGAAACGAAAACAAUUAAUCAGAUAAAACAAAAGUUGAAAACUCGUGCUUUUCAGGAUGCAGGGCUUGGAGAUAUUUCCUUUGAAAAUGAGACUGAGGAUACUACACAAGUGAAACUACAUGAAACUACAGCACAGAACACUGUCUCAGUAGACCGUGGAAGGCGGAAACAAGCGUUGAAUCAAAUAACUGAAUCAGUUGAUGUACAUCCUUCCAAGAGGCGCCGGUCAAAUGAUUCUGACGAUGAUGACUAUAUGCAUUAUGAUACUACCGCAGAGGCAGAAAGCAUUAAUGCUGAGAAGAAAUUUCGACAACGCCUGAACAACAAUGAAAAUACAACGCCAACAGCUCAAAAUGAAACUGCUGCCAAUACUACUACUACUAUUACUAGUAGUAAUAAUAACACCAACAACAAUAUCAGUAGUAUAUUGAAAGGCAAAGGAUUAAUUGGAACACUGUCUAGUGUAUUAAAGAGUCCCCUACCACCACUCACGACUACUUCUAGUAGUACUACUAAUAAUACUACUAGUAAUAUUAGUUCUAAUGUUAUAAAUUUUGAUAGUCGUCAGCUGAAAACAGAACGUGUCGGCUUGACUAGUUCAAAUUAUGAUCCGAAUGAAUCAAAGUAUGAAGAUUAUGAUAGUGAAGAUAGCGAUUAUGGUGGAAAUGACGAUUGUACACCACCAGGAGACGAUUCUGAAUCAAAUGACGAACAUGAUGAUGAAGAUGAUGAAGGAGGAGAGGAAAAAUGUUAA